AUACUUCUGAGUGAGAGAGAGAGAGAGAAAGAACAAAACUUAGAAAGCAGAGAAGAGUUAAGUGUUAGAGAGAGAGAUCAGAGAUGUGUAGCAACAAAACAAGUCCGGUCGUCGGAGAAGAAAAACAGAGUACGCGAACAUCAAAGAGGAUCAAGAAGAGAAAAAACAGAGAAGCUACCAUCACCAUGGAGGAAAAGUCUCCUUCCAAUCUUGACGCGUCUCGUAAGAUCAGAACAAAAACGAAAAAACCCAAAUUUCUCAGUCUCAAGCUCGAACUCAACACUUCUCACGAGAUCAACGAGAAUUCCAGAACCAAGAAGAGCAAGAAGAAGAAGAAUAAAAAACAGAGCAAGAAGAAAGAACCUGAUACGACGCUGUUUAAGGAGAAAAAGAGAGCAGAGACUACUCUUGGAGGAGGAGAGAAAGAAGAAGAGCAAUACGACACCGUCGCAGCUUACCUCUUCAAUUCCGCCACCGACAGUACAAUUUCUUCGAUCCACGAUCUCCUCCCUUCCUCCGCCGCCACCGAUGUAGAUUGCGGCGGAGAAAGGAAUAAUCUCUCUCCGUACGAUCGUCAAGAGCACGGAUCGUCGUCUUCUUCGCUGUUACGGACGGCGAUGAGGAAAGGAGCGAGCGAGGAGGAGGAGACGACGGAGGAGCGGUGGGUGAGUUAUUCAGAGGUUGUGGAAGAAGUGAUGAGUCGGAGCGGAACUCCACGGUGUUGCGGAGGCGAUGGAAACGAUGGACGACCCUCGUUGGCUUUGAAGCUUGAUUACGAGCAGAUCAUGGAAGCUUGGUCGGAUAAAGGUACGCUUUAUGUCGACGGAGAACCGCCGCAGACGGUGCCGGACUUGCAUGCUUCCACUGAUGGGUUUACCGAUGGCGGAGAGGCGGGUAGUUUAUGGGCAGUGCCGGAGAUGGAAACGACGGAGAGAUUAUGGAGAGGGCAUAGAGAAGCCAGCUUGCUUCGGUAUAAAGAGAAACGGCAAAACCGUCUUUUCUCUAAGCGGAUUCGAUAUCAAGUUCGUAAACUCAACGCUGAGAAACGUCCUCGUGUUAAAGGCCGGUUUGUGAAGAGAGACGAUUCAUAAACCACCUAAGUGACGGGUGUUUGCCUGUUUGGUAUCAUAUGAUAUUGUUAUUUUGUAACUUUUUGAGAAGUUAGAGCUCAACCGGAGCAUACCGAGAUUUGAGGAUGAUAUUGGUCUGUAUAGGGGUCUUGACCAGCUCGGUUAUGCAAAAUUUUCGGUUUUGUUUGGCUGCAUUAGUUCUCUUAUUAGAAAAGUUAGCUAAUUUGUACCAAAUCAUCUGAACAAUAAUGAUAAUAAAAAUGGAUGUUAAUG